AUGAACGGCCACGCACACACAAACGGUAACGGGACGCACCCGGUGUAUACCGUCAGGGAUCAGCCCCUCGGCACUCCGAAGCCCAUCCGGAUCGUUUGCAUCGGCGCCGGUGUCAGCGGCAUCAACCUUCUUCGUACUCUGCGACUCAACAUCACCGACUAUGAGGUCCAGAUAUACGAGAAGAACAAGCAAGUGGGCGGGACUUGGUUCGAGAACCGCUAUCCCGGCUGCAGAUGUGACAUCCCCAGUCACUGCUACCAAUACUCAUGGCGGCCAAACAAAGAGUGGAGUAACUUUUUCGCACCAGCAAAGGAAAUCAAUGAUUACUUGUGUCAAGUAUGCAAGGAAGAAAAUAUGAUGGGCUUGAUCAAGUUACAACACCAGGUCAACGCUGCAUGGUGGGAUGAGCCCAGGAGUGUUUGGCGUCUGAAGGUCUUGGACUUGCAGACAGGAGACGAGUUCGAUGACGAGGCAAAUUUCCUUAUCAACGCGGCUGGGAUCUUGAACAACUGGAAAUGGCCCGACGUACAGGGGCUCCACGACUUCGAAGGGGAACUGAUACACACUGCCUCAUGGCCAGAAGAGUACGACCUCACCAACAAGACUGUUGCCGUGAUUGGUAAUGGUGCAUCCGGAAUACAAUUAAUACCAGCGAUCCAGCCAGAUGUCAAGAAGAUGUACCAUGUUGUUCGCACGCCAACGUAUAUCCCGCCGCCAUGGCGACAAGGGCAGGUCAUGAUGGGUGGCGGCCAGAUGCUGAAGGAGAUAAGUCUCGAUGCGAAAGAGAACUUCGUUCCUGAGCAAAUCCAGAGGUUCGAGGAUGAUUCAGACUUCUACAAGCGUUUUGUGAAAGGCAUCGAGAAAGACACCAGCGGCAACUUUAGAGUGAUGAUGAAAGACGGCCCCAUACAAGCAUUUGCCAGCGCCAAGAUCAGGGAGUACAUGACGAUGAUGCUGGGCGGCGACGAGAGUCUGUGCAAGGCAUUGAUACCGGACUUCCCUCUCGGAACGCGAAGGAUGACGCCUGCACCUGGUUACCUCGAGGCCCUGCGCAAAGACAAUGUGGAGGUCGUGAAGGGUGACAUCGGAAGAUUCGUGGCGGACGGUAUCGAGAUGAGCUCCGGAGAGGUUUUGAAAGUCGACAUAAUAAUUUGCGCGACUGGCUUCGAUCUCUCAUUCCGGCCACGGUUCCCUCUGGUAGGCCGCAAGGGCAAUCUCCAGGACGUAUGGGGCAAGGAGACGCCCAGGGCCUACAUGUCCUGCGCUGUGGCUGGGAUGCCGAAUUAUUUUACAUUUCUCGGCCCCAACGCUCCCAUCGGCCACGGAUCCGUCUUUACCCUGAGCGAGCACAUCGCCAAGUACAUCGUUCGCAUCUUGAAGAAGUGCCAGACGGAGCACAUCCGCGCCAUAGCGCCAACCCAGGACGCCGUCGACGACUUCAACGAGCACAUUGAGCAGUUCAUGCCGCGCACGGCAUGGGGAGCCCCUGGAAGGUCGUGGUUCAAGGCGGGCAAGGAGGAUGGGCCUGUGGUCGCGCUGCACCCGGGGAGUCGGGUGCACUUCUUCCACAUGAUGGAGACCUUCAGGGGAGAAGACUUCGAGUACAUAUAUGACUGCGAGAACGGCAUUGGUAAGGGGAAGCAGAACCGCUUCGCGUAUCUGGGAAAUGGGUUCUCGGUGAGGGAGCUGGAUCAAGAGUUUGACUCCACAUGGUAUCUGGACGAGUCGGCUAUCAUUUGA